AUUUUAUUGAUAAAUGCUAGGUAAAUAUGAAAGCAAUAAUGGAACUAAAAAUGAUGAAGAGGAAAAGCAUCAACAACAAGCUGAUGGAGUUAAGGUAAACUAUAAUGUCCAUCAGAAGCCUUUGAACUUGAUGCUAAACUCUCUUAGUAUGGAGAUGAUGACAGCAUCGACUCCUUCUCCUUUUUCUGCACAAUACAGGAAAAUGGAGAAUACGAAACAUGGGUGAGAAAUUCCAGAGAACUUUCAAAGACUGGGGAUAAACUCUUCCUCUUAUCCUCUCUCUAUGCAUAAUCCUUCAAUAAGUACUGAAAAUGCCUAUCGGCCAUUAGCAUCUUUAUCUCUUCCCAAUUAUUCACCUUAUUUGACUACACCAGUCGGCCAAACGACUCAAAUGUUCUUUCCUACUACCUCAAAAUUUCACCCUAAUGCAGUAAAAACUAAACUGCAAAGUGAGAAAUCCAAAAACCUGCCUUCCAAAAAGAAGAGGACCAAAAGGAAGAAAUGCAGUGGAGUCUACUGUACUUGUGGUCUCUCCGAAGAAGAUGCUUACUUGGCCAAUUACAUGUUCAAGAAGAACAACGUUAAGUUUAUGGAAGAACUUCAGCAUUUUCAUUAUGAAAUUUGCGAGAAGAGCACAGAAGUUACUAAAAAGAAAGUCUUCGAAUUUAAAUGCAAGUUUAAUGGCAACUGCAAUAUGAGAUUCGAACGCGCUUGGAACCUCCUAGACCACUGUAGGAUGCACUAUGGUAUCAAGCCCUUCCAGUGUGAAGAGUGUGGGAGAAGCUUCACUCAGAGAGGAAAUCUGGGGAAGCAUAAACUCACUCAUAAUAAAGAAAAAUAAAUUGUUCCUUAAGAAAAAUUCUGAAUUUAAAUUCUUUUCAAAAUAAACCUUUUUAAAUUACCGAAACUCGACUUUUUGAAUUCUUCGGUGGUAGAGUCUCUAACUUUGGUAAAGUUUAAGCCGAAAAUACUAAAAGUGGUGAAAAUUAAAUCAUAUUUGGAAAUCAUUAAUAAUAAAAAAUACCAAUCAUGGUGAAGUGCCACAAAAACGUUAAACCAAGAUGCUCUAAGUAUUAUUGAGCGUACGGAAUCGGAAUUCGUGCUAGGAUUUGAGUAAAAAUUAUGCAAACUGAGAUACUCUUAUUUGAAUAUUUCAGAACAAAUUAAAGCAAUGGGUGCUCUCUCCGGUCACCAAUCUCCCAUUGAUAUAUCCACCGAAAAUAAAAUAUUUGAAAAAUGAAUAAAAUUUCUAUACCAAUUUCUGCCACUUAAAUGUAAGUGCUAAAAGGAGAAUAAACUGUCCAAAUUAUUCUUAUUCUUAUUAAUCAUCGACUCGAAAGUUCACAGAUCCUUUAAUUAUAAAAAUAUCCUGGAGUGCAAAGAUUGAGGAAGCUAAAAUUACUUACUCAGAUUUCCACUAAAUUUAUGAGCUUAAAAUUUCAGAGAAAAAUUAUGCCCAGAACUUUAUUUAAAGACAUAAGAAAGUACCAGUUAAAAUGCCAAAUUUGAACACGGAUUAUAGAAAAUUUAAGAAGAAUUUCGUUAAAAUAUUCAUACUGUCUGUUUUAAGCCUAAAUCACCGUACUAUCAAAUUACAACAGAGAGGGUUUUAAUAAGCACCCAGAGUCCCAAAUAUUCCUUAAAAAUAAUUACUUAUGAACACAUUUUUGAAUCCGAAUAAUAUGAAUAGAAAAUUCAUAAGCCAGCAGAAUGAAUUAUUAACCAACCAAGACUUAAUUUCCAAAAAUUUGCUAAAAAUUGUUCCUAAACCCAAUACUCUCUCCCAUUUCUCACCAAUAAUUUCCCAAAAUCCUCAACGCCCAACCCCCACCACUCAAGCACCCAAAAUUCUAACCCAUCAAACCCAUUCCAAACCCAUCCCAAAAUCUCCAAAAUUUCUUCUUCUACUACUCUUCCAUUCCUUAAAUUUC